AACAUUUUAAGAGCUGCUGUGCAAGGACAGUAAGGGAGUUUUAUAAGUUUAUGUAUAUAUUCAGUUAAGCUAUACAGUGUAAAAUGUCGCUCCUUUGUAACACUGGUGAUUGGUUUACGUUAGGGCAGGGAAAUGCCUUUAGGAAAAUGGAAAUUUAUAACAUGGAAUGGCCGGCCAGUAUAAAUCUAGAAAACAUGGUAGUCCAUGCGGCUCCAUAUGGUGGCCCAAUUGCUGUUGUGAAAGAUCCAAAGCUGUUCAUCAAAUUGGAUGGUGCCACUAGCACUAGACCCAUCAUUAGGGUGUUUAACUGUGUGGGCAAAUUAAUAUCAUCAAUUAAUUGGGAUUGCGGUAAUCUCGUCACUUUUGGUUGGUCUGACUCGGAAGAAUUGAUCGGUGUGCAGGAUGACGGUACCAUCUUCAUACACGACAUGUUUGGGAACUUUGUGCACAAGUUCAGCGUCGGGAAGGAUGUGACGGAUGUGGCGGAUGCAAAAAUAUUUACUUCCACGUCCGGUACCGGUGUGGCUGUUAUGACAUCAGGCUUUAAAAUUUAUAUCCUGAACAACAUAAAGGACCCAAAAUCUCGUCCGCUGUCCGAGCUGCUGAAUCUUACAAGUAACCUUACUUGCUGGGAAAUGGUUUGUAAAGAUCGUACAACGAGCUGUUUGCUAGCGGUUGGAAAUGAAAUUACCAUCGUGCGACAUGGGGACAACGUGUUCACCAACCACACCAUAACGAUGAGGAACGAUUUCCAGUCGAUAAGCUUGCUGUCCGUUUCGUUUGAUCACGAACAUGUUGCCCUGCUCACCAAUACCGGUUGCCUGUGGAUGGGUUCUUGGGAUCUGAAGCACAAGUACUGUGAGUUCGUAACGGGCCGCCAGGAAAAAGCGAACCAAUUGGUGUGGUGCAUCGACGGAACCCCCAAGCAUGAAUCGCAGGCGGUGAUUGUGAGCUACAUGAACCUGAUACUGAUCGUUGGUGCGACUGGUGAGUCUAGCGUUUACACGUACGACUCACCGAUGACGCUCAUCCCCGAGAUGGAUUGUGUGCGGGUCCUGACGAACUACUACCAUGAACUCGUCCAGAAGGUACCACCCAGUACGAGCAAAAUAUUCGGCAUCAACAUUUCCGAACCGGCAAGCUUUCUGUUUGAGGCGCAGCGAAAGUUCCAGGAUCGCAGCCAUCAGUCGGACGAAUAUCUGUGCCUAAUCCAGAACAAACUGCCGGCAGCGGUCGCGGAUUGCAUCGAGGCGGCCGGACACGAAUUCGAUCCAAACACACAGAAAAGUCUGAUCCGUGCGGCGUAUUUUGGCAAAAGUUUCAUCUCCGGGUACAACUGCAGUGAAUACAUUACGAUGUGCAAAACGCUCAAGGUGUUGAACGUGUUGCGUGACCGUGACGUUGGCAUACCGAUCACGAUACAACAAUUUAACCAUCUGCAACCGGUUAUUAUUUUGGAUCGUUUAGUAUUUCGAAAGUAUUACGGUUUAUCUAUACACAUUGCAAAAUAUCUGAAGCUACAAGAAACCCGUAUUUUAGAGCAUUGGGCAUUCCAGAAAAUUAUCCACGAUAAAAAUGACGAUGAGAUAGCUCGUAAAAUAUCAGCGAAAUUCUCCAGUGCUGGUCUCCGGGAACCGAUGUCGUACGCUAAUGUGGCUGACAAAGCGCAACAGAUCGGAAAAACCAAACUUGCUAUUACGCUACUCGAACUGGAAACGAAAAAGAAGCUACAGGUGCCACUGCUGCUGAAACUUGGUGCGAGCGAGAAAGCGUUAAUUGCCGCCACCCAGUCCGGUGAUAUCGAUCUCAUCUACAUGGCGAUACUGGAGAUGAAGAACACGUCCGCACUAGCCAAAUUCCACAUGACAAUCCGUCGUUACCCGUUGGCUCAAAAUCUAUACAAAAAGUAUUGCCAACUGAACAGCCUUUCCACGCUGAAGGACAUCCAUUCGCAGGAGGACGAUUUCCUGUCGCAGGCAGAACUGGCGCUCCGUGAAGCGCUACAGCUCGGCAAUCUGGACGCCUCGAUACCGGACAUUAGCGGCAACUACCGGAAGGCGGGCAAAGCGAUCGAGGCCGAUUUGGCGGAUGAAACGAAGAAGCUAAUCCGGCACCAAAAGCUGUUGCAGGAUAAGUAUCAGAAGGAUUUCUUCGGGUUGCCGCUGCACGCUAUGAUACGGAAGUUGCUGCAGCUCGGCGAUCAGCGUUACGCCGAAAAGCUAAAAGGCGAGUUCAAGAUGUCCGACCGGCGAUACUGGUGGGUACGGGUACAAACAUACGCCGACAACUAUCAGUGGGAAGAGCUGGAGAAGUUUUCGAAGGCGAAGAAAAGCGUUAUCGGAUACGAACCGUUCGUUGAGGUGUGCCUGUCGAAAAUGAACGUAUCGGAGGCGAAAAAGUACCUCCCACGGUGUACCGAGGAAAACAAGCUGAAAUGGUAUUUAAGGGCAGGUUGCUAUGCGGAUGCAGCCACCAUUGCGUUCAUGCAGAAGGAUAUCGAUAGCUUGCUGAAGAUACACGACCACUGCAACGAUUCCGCCCUAAUGACAACGGUCGAAAACAUGAUCGGGCAAUUGUCGAGCAAGAAAUGAUGCAUGAAGCGAAAGCUUUGAACAGCGUCGAUGAAACAACCCCUUCGCUCGAAUUUAACUCUUGAAGCACACGGUGUUUUCCUACGCUGAGCAACGUGAGUCGAAGCUGACCGGGUUUGGGUAAGUAACCAAUAAACGAAAUAUUAUAUACGAUCAAACCUGUUUCUCUCCACGUAUCGAACUUGAGUUACCUCAUUCCCGCAACAGACGGGAACUGCUUGUGUCGACAUUCCUACGAGCACAAUCAUCAUGCUUUCUCAUUUUGCUAGGUCCGAUUAUUAGUUUAGUGCGAGGGAGAAAGCUUGACGAUUUUGCCCGUGGAUUUCUAUCGAACUUCGCAUAGCCUGGCCUUAGAGCGGUGAAGCCUGAACGGUGAGUGAAGUUCGGAGAGUAUUCAAGCAAAGUUCGAUACGUGCAGAAAAGCAGUUACUGGCGCAGCGAUCAAGUUGUGUACAACUCACAGCUUUGUCGCCGGUUAAGCGUUAAGGGUUAGAAGUAAUUAGCAUUGUGUUUACUAUGUGAUCAGUUGGAGCUAAGGAUAAAUAAAAUAUAUUCUACCAUUGAGCUAUAC